GCAACUAUUUUGGUCAUUCCGAGUUUCCGCAAGGCAAGGAUUAGGGGUUGACGGGUGUGUGUCGCCACUGGCUUAUCGAUAACGGUUUUGAAACGCCGAUAAUGCAAUUGGUGUUCAUCUAUAUAUAAACCCUCAAACCACGACGAUCGGGAAAUAGCUCUUAUAGCUACACUUUAAAUUGUUCUUUGCCGUCUGCCUAUUUUAUAUUUUGUAUUCGAGGUUAUUAAGUUGGAUAGCAAAGAUGGGGAAGCCACGCAUGAUCAUCCUGAUUAGACAUGCCCAGUCAGAGGGAAACAAAAACCGUGAUAUCCACCAAAACAUCCCUGACCACCGCGUCAAGCUCACCAACGAUGGCUGGGACCAAGCCCACGAAGCAGGGCGCCAGCUCCGCGCCCUCCUCAAGCCAGACGACACCCUCCACUUCUUCACCUCCCCGUAUCGCCGCACCCGCGAGACGACCGAGGGCAUCCUCAGCACGCUGACCUCGGACGACCCGUCGCCAUCGUCCUUCCCGAGGGACAAAAUCAAGGUGUACGAGGAGCCGCGACUGCGUGAGCAGGACUUUGGCAACUUCCAGCCCUGCUCGGCUGAGAUGGAGAGGAUGUGGCAGGAGCGUGCAGACUACGGGCAUUUCUUCUACCGUAUUCCGAAUGGAGAGAGUGCGGCGGACGCAUACGAUCGGGUUAGUGGCUUCAACGAGUCGCUGUGGCGGCAGUUUGGAGAGGACGACUUUGCGAGUGUUUGUGUCUUGGUCACGCAUGGUCUCAUGUCUCGAGUCUUCUUGAUGAAGUGGUACCACUUCUCCGUCGAGUACUUUGAGGACCUACGCAACGUCAACCACUGCGAGUUCCUGAUCAUGCGCAAGGACGAGGACAGCGGCAGAUUCAUCCUCGAGAACAAACUACGAACGUGGUCUGAGCUCGCGCGCGAGCGUCUCUUGAAAGAGAAGUCAGAAAAGGAGCUCGCAGAGGAGAAAGCUUCGAUGGAUGCCAUCCCAUCACCGAUGUCCGAGACGAACGGAGGAGUUGCAGGGAUGAAGCCAGGGGAUCUGCCGCCGACUCCUACUGUACCAAAGAGGAAACAAUGGGGUGGCUGCCCGAACGGGUGUGAUCAUGGGAGAUUCUAUUAUCGAAGGGAAAACGGCGUGGCAAGUCACAGUUCAUCCACCAAUCUAGCUGAGGCACCGCCGGUGCGCCGCGCAUUCCAUAAGCGCUUCCAGAGCAGCAGUGAGGAGGACGAGGAUGACCCACGUGGGAGAUUAUCCAAUCCGUCAAAAUCCGACAGCAAGAGCAGCAGCGAAGAAAACGGGACUGGUAAGGUAGCGGGGAUCCAACGCAGCUUGGACAGCAUGUUACUCUCGGAACCGACCGAGGCGUUCGUCACAGACAAGCAGACCGCCCACCGGGCCAAACCGAGAGACAAAGCCGUCGGCGCGGUCUUGCACGCAGGUCGUGACUUCGGGGGCUCAGCGAGCGGCAAUACAAGCCGAGCAACGAGUGACGCCGAAGCAGAGGCCGAUACGGAGGGUCUUGGGCGGGAAGGGGACAGCGGCCGGCGGCGGACGAAAUCGAAGAGGGAGAAGAAGGAGAGGGGUUACAAGGAUAGUGGGAUGGGGAGAGGGGCGAGGGCAAAUACCCUUGGAGACCAGAGCCAGGAAGAGGAGGCAUGUGCGAAUUGUGGAAGCGUGACGGGGAAUGGAAAUCAUCAGCGGCGAAAGGAUCGCGCCAGCGCGCGUGCUCAGACCUCUAGUGGUGAUGAGAAUGCAGAGACGGAUGCGCUCUUCAUCGGCAACAUCGAGGCCGGCCAUACUGAGGAGACGCUCGGCGCGGCCUUUAAUGCCCACGGCACCGUCGUGAACGUCAGAAUCCCAACUAAUCGUGACACUGGCAACCUCAAGGGCUAUGGAUAUAUCACAUUCUCGUCUGUAGCAGAGGCCAAGAGCGCAUUGGAGACUAUGAAAGGUUUUGAUGGAAAUCAACAGCCAUUACACGUCGAGUACGCUACUCGUCAGCAAGCACUCGAAGCAGGUGGCGGAGACGGUGGCGAAUGUGUAGAUGGAGGCUGUAAACGUGACGUCGAGUCGGAGGAGGAAAAUGACAGGGAGGAAAAAUCCGUGCAUGGCAGUGUGUAUUGAGGCGCAGUGGUCCCAUCAAAAAAAGGUGCCGCAUAAGUGGUGGUGUGCCCGGUUUACAGGCGUUGGUUAGUUAUUAAGCGACUGGCGAGCGUCGCUAUUAUUUAUUCUUCAUAUGGCGAGAACAAAAUAUAUCCCACCUAAGCGCUUUGUCUUCUCAAGUUCUCACAUUGUUUCAAGAAACACGCAGGGCAGCGCGGUGGUUGGCCAAGACGGCCGUAACAUCGUUUCUCCGCGCCGAACACCAACGUGCGGGAUCGCCCAUGAGCUGAAGAUGAAACGGCGACGCGGACACCCAGCCUCUUGUUAUGCUGUCAACCUCAUUCGCGCUGUCGUCGACAGAAAGACGGCCUGUGAGGCGCUGUGAGAACGGAUGAAGACGCGCAUGGUUCGCGCUUGUGGUAAGUCAGGGGCGGGAGACGGGCUGGGGAAGGCUUGUUGGAAGGCUUGUAUAUUUCUCGCUGUUUCCCCCUUGUCCUGUCUUCUCCUCUUCUUUUCUGCUUCUUCUGUACGACUUCCACAGUUUUGCUCAAAGUACUUUUCUCACUCCUUUACUCCAAAACACGAUAGACGAGCGGCAGCUUUGAAAGAAGCCCUGGGGUCUCGAUCUACAUUCAUUCAUUCAUACAUCGUGCUAUUCACUCCCUUGUCCAUCCAGACCAGUUCGUUCGCAGUAGCAUACUCGGAAAACAAAGACAUUCAGAUCACUCUUUCCAUAACUACUAUCGACGACUCGAACAACAAAAUCCAAACCAGCAACAACCGCCAGUUACCACACCAACUUCACCCACAUCACCAACCAACACCGUCACCAUGCAACUCACCAACCUCCUCGCCCUCCCCCCCCUCCUCCUCGCCCUCCCCACCCUCGCC